ACAUUAAAUUAAGUUAGCGACGAUCGAUGACAAGUGCUUCACUAUAAAAGCAACAACUUUGUUCAGACUAGUCUUACUUGGUGCUGAUCAGCACUGAGAGAACUCAGGGUUAUCUGAUUGUUAUUAGUCUUCGUGUGUAACGAAUCAGUGCGAUAAAAAAUAUAACGACAAAACAUAGAAUCUGAACAAGAUUUCGCAUUUUCGAAGCAGAAGGAUUCAACAAGUGUAAAAUUGAUAAAACAUCAUGACGAAAAUAUACGAAGCAUUCUUCAUGCUCUACACCUUUCUUUUCUCUCCGCUAAUUAUUUUACUAUUAAUAUGCUCGUACUUUUAUCGUCGAAUCGUAGAGAUCGUUCUAAGGAUACAAUUGAAGGAUAACUUCGCUGGUCUUCUUGAUGGGACGGAUUGCGUUUGGGCUAUAGAACAAUCAUCGGCACUUUCUGUGAACAACAUCCUUAUGAUCUUAGAAAAAGAUGCUCGACAUUCGAACGCCAACUUUUUGGAGAGUUUUCGAGAUUUGGCAAAAAAUCGUAUAGUGUGCUCGUCUUUCGAGAAGUUGCUGUACAAGAGAAAGAGAAAAUUCGGCUACUAUUUCUGGGAGAGGAGCGAAGAGAUCGAUCUGAAAGGACGGAUCAGAUGGUUGGAAUAUGAGCGUGGGAACUGCGACGGAUCCUGUGACAAUAUUUAUAACGGUCACUUGAAAAGGGUUUUGUCGAACGUUUGCAAUCAGCCUUUACCGGAGAAUCAUACAGCAUCCUGGGAGAUUUUAAUCGGAAAAUGUUGUCCCAGAUCGAGUCAUCAUUAUCUUCGACGAACGGAGGAACGUUUGACGAGCAAAAUCAAGGUUCCUAUUUUGUUUCGUGUCCAUCAUUCCUUAGGCGAUGGUAUGGCUCUCCUCAAAUUCUUUAGGGACAUUAUUAUCGACAAAGAACCGGUCCCAGAAACGUUCUUGCAGUUGGAGCAUACGAGUUUUAGAAUGAAGAGCGAGAAAACGAAGAAGUCAAAUGCGACAGUACCUGUGACGAAUCCUGUGAAUCCUUGCUUGAACAUCGACAACAGCUUAAACAGCACUACAUUUCAAAAGGAUGUUAUGUCGGCUACCAUGCCGUUCAUCUAUUUGGUGGUGUUUCAACAUGUUGUUAAAUUAUUAAAGAAAAGGUUCAACGAGGGACUAGAAUACCUGCGAAAUGUUACUUUGGAAGAAUUGAGACAGGAAACCAGACUAUUUCUAAUGGGAGAACGAGAUAAAUUAAAUACUUUUUUCUCGGAAAUUGUUUGGAAAAAGGUACAGAAUUAUUUAAAAAUGACGAAGAUUAUCAUAGAUGCUCCUGGUUGCUUGAUUCAACAAGCUUUUCGUAGCAUGGACAAAAGCGCACUCCAUGGAGCAGAAUUAUCAGGUGAAAAAUUGAUCUCUUAUUGGCUCGAGGAUGAUUUCAAGAAUGCCUGCAAUCAGAGACUCUUUACAAAGAUUCAGAACAUAAGAAGCAUUACAGGCGCAAGAUUUGGAGACGUACUAUUAGCUGCUCUAUCCGUUAGUUUACACAAGUACUUUCUUCGGAUGAACGAACCGGUUCCAACGAAAUUAAGCGUUGUCCUACCGAUGAAAAUCGAGGAAUGGAGCGAGAACCUUCCGUUGCAAAAUAAUUUCUCAGUUGGCAUAUUGCCGCUUUGUAUUUCGCAGAUAAACGGCAAACAGCUUGCGGAUCCACGUGAAAAUUCUCAACUUUUAGAACGCCUUGAUGCUAUUAAGAGAGCAAAUGAUUCGCUCAGAAAGAGUCCUGAUUACAAAGUGAAUUUUUUGGUGAUGAAGUAUCUCACAGCUGUGUUGCCUGAUAAAUUUUUACGACCGAUUUUUAGGAGUUACAGCACGAUGGUGUUUAGCAAUUUAGUUGGUCCUCAGGAAGUAAAAUUAAUGGGCUAUCCUUUGAAAAAUAUCGUUUUUUGUAUACCAAACAGGAGUUACACGGGGAUUGGAUGUUCGUUGUUAACUUAUCGGGGUUAUUUGCACUUAUCCUUGAUCGCUGAUAAAGCUUUGGUGCAAAAUGAAAAGGCUCUUACAAGAAUCUUGGAGAACACUGUAAAUGAAAUUGAUAAUCUUUACGACAGGCUAACAUUAUCAUUUUUUUCGAAAAAACUUCAUAGGAGUAUAUCAACACCCACAAAGAAAGCAAUCGGUGUGUUGUAAAAUCGUGGAAGGCAUUUGUAUCUCUUAUUUUUUUGUAUUCAUUAUUCACAUUUUUUCAUAAAAUUUUAUUUUAUAAUACACCGGAAAUGUUUUACCAUUGUAUUUUAUCAUACAAAAUCGUUGUAAAUAAUUGACUUUUAUGCUGAUUGCGAGACUCGAUGAAUUGCGUAUUCUGAUUUGUAUUUUUAUUAUAUAUAAUAAAAAAUAUAUUUUCUUAAACAUA